CAAAAGAGAUGAGAGUACCGGACUCGCCCUCUUGUAAUAUUUAUAUAAGGAGGCCAUAAGGACUCAUGAGAGAAGCAUGAGAAGAGUUGGGGGAGAUAGAUGGAAUUACUUCUCAGUCUUUGCUUCUUUCUUCUCUUCUCAUCAGUGGCUCCAACAAGGGAGGUUUCCUUCACCUCUAAUUGCUCUGCUCAGUUUGAGGCCAUACGCGCCACCCUCAACUCCUCCGGCGUCCACCUCCCUCUACACCACCGUCAGAGCCCCUGCUCUUCUUCAGCGUCACUCCACUCCGAUCUCCCCUUCUCCUUUCUUCUUCACCACGACGCCCGCCGCGUCUCCUACCUCUCCCACCGUCUCACCGCCGGCCGGCCAGUCUCCCUCCCCCUCUCCCAAGGCUCCUCCCUCGGCGUCGGCAACUACGUCGCCAGAAUCCUCAUUGGUACUCCGGCGAAACCAUUCACCGUCAUCGUCGACACCGGAAGCUCACUCUCUUGGCUACAAUGCCUUCCCUGCAAAGUCUCCUGCCAUGCUCAGGUGGGGGCUCUCUUCAAUCCUGCUGCCUCUUCUACAUAUGCUCAAGUCCCCUGUUCUGCCUCCGCUUGCUCUGAUCUCUCCUCCGCCACUCUGAAUCCGUCCUCCUGUACCCGCUCCGGUUACUGUGUCUAUGCGGCUACUUAUGGAGACUCAUCCUUCUCCGUUGGCUACCUCUCUCAGGACACCCUCGCACUCUCCCCUGCUUCCAUCCACGGCUUCGUCUUCGGUUGCGGACAGGACAACGAAGGUCUCUUCGGCAGAUCCGACGGCCUCAUCGGCCUCGCUAAGGACCGCCUCUCCUUUCUCAGCCAGCUCUCUACAAUCUAUGGUAACUCCUUCUCCUACUGCCUGCCUUCGACCGCCGGCACCGGCUACCUCUCCUUCGGCUCCUACACUCCUGCAAACCUCGCCUUCACCCCCAUGGUCUCCUCCUCCCUCGACAAGUCUCUCUAUUUCUUGAAGCUAACAGGUAUAACAGUCCAAAGCCGGAGUCUUUCCGUCUCCGCAUCGGUGUACGCCGGCACGCCGACGAUCAUCGAUUCAGGGACGGUAAUCACGCGGCUGCCGGAUGAGAUCUAUGCGGCGUUGAGUAAGGCGGUGGUGACGGCAAUCGGAAAGAAGAGGCGGCGGGCGGCAGCGUACUCAAUCUUAGACACGUGUUAUGUGGGGAGUGGGGUGGGGAUGGCCGUGCCGGACGUGCAGUUAGUAUUCGCCGGAGGGGCGGUGUUGAAGCUGCCGUCGAGAAAUGUGAUGGUGGAUGUGGAGAAGGGGAGGACUUGUUUGGCUUUUGCAGCGGCGGGAGGAGUGGCGAUUAUUGGGAAUAGGCAGCAGGAGGGAUUUAAGGUGGUGUAUGAUGUGGGGAAGGGGAGGAUUGGGUUCUCCGCCGGCGAGUGCGGGUGAGAAUUUGGGGCUGAUAUUGGAUUGGAGGGUGGAGCUGUAAAUAGCCAAUUACCUCGUAAGUUCAUAGGUACGGUGCCGCACUCUGCAAUAAUUGGGAUGAAUAUUAUUAAAUUUAUUUUUAUUAAAUAAAAUUAGGAGUGGCUCAUCACAAUCGUUUAGAGUGGAUUGCAAGGUUGAAGUGGGUGCUUUGUGUGUAAUUAGUAGGGUGAUAGAUUGGGGGUAUAAUUGUAAGUGGAUGAAUUUGUGAUUUUUAUUGAAUUAAAAAUGGAAAUGUUAUUUACAUUUUUUUUAAUUAAGAUAUUUUGAUGUUAUAAAGAAACUGAAUAUCAUAAGAAAA